AGCCCUUGGCUUUGUGACGCCAUGUUUGGGCCGCCAUCGCCACUUUCCAAGAGCAGGCUGAGACAGCGCCGCUCCCCAUCGCCUUCGCAGACUCCGCGCGCCCGGGCGCCGUUGGGGCUGCCCGGAAAAGGAUGCGAAGGGAGCGACGAACGGGGCCCGAUGGACCUCGAGCCUGGGGCAUCCAGGCCAGGCGUUUUUCGCAGCAUCUCUGCUGCAUCCACAGCGCAGAGCACCAUGGGGUUGAGCGAAGCAGAGCUCAUGUCAGCUGCAGAUGCCCUUGCAGCUGCGACACAAGCAAUGCAGCAAGAGACGGCCAAGGCGACAGCAGCACGACAGCACUUGGAGGAGCAGUCCAGGCGACUUGAAGCCCAACUGGCGUUUGCAAAUCAGCUUCUUCAGCCUCUGGUGCAACAGCCAAAGCACGUUCUCAUGCCUGCUGUAGUGCCUUGGAGCACAUCAAUUCGGCAGACUGUUCAUAUUGCUCCACUCCGGCAGCUUCCUCUGGCCAAGGUAGUGCCCGUGGCCGUCAGCACACCGCGUUCACCAACCACGCCAAAGGCCGAUUUGCGGUCGCUGACCUCGUCCACCUUGCCCCCGGCCUCGGCCUCGGCUACCUCGGCUGCCUCGGCUACCUCGGCUACCUCGGCUACCUCGGCCUCGACCCCGCCCACCCCGUCAUCAAAUCGUUCCCUGCCCUCGCCGGUCUCAAAGACGGCGGGCGUGUCUGUAGGCGUGCAGACAGUGCAGUCAGAAGCACAGGACACAAAAUUCCUGCAGCUCCUCAGUCAGGCUAUUGACCUAGCCGUUCCCAUUUCUGACGCUGACGGGGUGACAGCCGUCAAAGAGGCACGAGAUCGAUUGAUAGAGGCCAUUUCUCAGGGUCGAGCAGUGCUAUCGCAGGAGCAGUUGGCACCAGCUGACGCGCAAAGAAAACGACUCCACAACAUUUACCAGGACUUGAAGGGUCAGCUUCGAGUCUACUGCCGGGUGAGGCCGCUGAGCGCGAAGGAGCGGCAAGGUGGUGAGAUUGAGGCGCUGAACAUAGACCGCAGCACCUUGGAGGUGAAGCCUGGCGAUGUCUUCGAGUUUGGUGGCGUCUUUGGCCCUUCCAGUUCUCAGGAGGAGGUGUUCCAGGAGAGCCGUGAUUUGGCACAGUCAGCGCUCGAUGGCCAUAACGUGACAGUGUUCUGCUAUGGCAUCACGGGCGCUGGGAAGACCUACACCAUGUAUGGCACUCCUCAAGAGAAAGGUCUCGCUCCCAGGAUGAUGCAGGAACUCUUCGAGGCUGCAGAAGGUGUCAGAGUCAGUGGCUCCAUGAUGGAGCUGUACAACAACUGCUUGGUCGACCUUUUGCGACCCAUCGACUGGCAAGGCAGGCAAAACCCUGCUUUGGGGCUGAAGCUGGACAAAGGCAAGGUGCAGGUGGAGGGUCUUGUCAAGGAAGCCGCCGAGAGCGCAGAGGAGCUGCAGGAGAUUUUCCAGCGCGGGUUGGAGCAGCGAGCGGUUGCCGCCCACGCGAUGAACGUGCAGAGCUCCAGGUCCCACGUGGUUUUUACAGUCUACAUCACCAGGGAGACUGGGGGUGAGAUUGAAUCCACGAGCAAGCUGCAUUUUUGUGACCUUGGCGGGUGCGAGCGGCUGAAGAAGAUAGAGGUGAAGUCUUGGGACACGGACCGCCAACUUGAGACGAUUGAGAUCAACAAGAGCCUUGCUGCCCUUGGUGACGUCAUAGAGGCGAUUGCAAGGAGAAAAAAAUACAUCCCGUACAGGAACCACAAACUCACACAGCUACUCCAAGACGCUUUGGGCGGCACUGCGAAGGCACUGAUGUGUGUGAAUUGCUCACCAGCGCAGUCCAGCAUCAGGGAGACCGCCAACUCGUUGAAGCUGGCAAACCGCGCCAAGCGGGUCGUGAACCAAGUGGAGCCACAGACGCCUCGUACCUCCAGAAGCAUCAGCUCAGGCUCGGGCAAAACGUCUCCGCGCUUGCACAGAUGCUGCAAGCAGGUGCUGGCACAGGCAGUGCCUGAAUCACCACAGUUUGCGUGGUCCCCUAUUUUUGACACACACACCCAUACGAUGCCUAGAUCGAGCUGAUGUGCUUUUCCUUAGGAUACAUCCAGUGUCCAAGACAUUGGAUGUCUCGCAGCAGUGAUGUAGAAACCUGCUCCCAUAGUGCACAUCAAUUCUUUGACCAUCAGUUGAGUCUGAGGAAAAUGUGCUUUUUAGAAGCAUUGCCAAUUUUGCCCAAGUCUUUCAAGGCAAGGCAAAGAGGCAGAGGGCAGAGAGCCCAUGGCG